CUCGCGCUAUCUUGCUAAAACGCAGAGAGUCUGAUUUCAGGCAAGGGAGAAGGGGAGAGGUAGCUAGCUUGGGAUGUCGGUAUCUUCGUGUGAAAUGGGGGACGAUCGACCUUUUGUGUGCACAGCCCCUGGCUGUGGCCAGAGGUUUACUAAUGAGGACCAUCUUUCAGUCCACAAACACAAGCACGAAAUGACCCUCAAGUUUGGUCCUGCCCGAACUGAUUCUGUCAUCAUUGCAGACCAGACACCCACACCCACUCGCUUCCUGAAGAACUGUGAAGAGGUCGGACUGUUCAAUGAACUCGCCAGCUCAUUUGAGCAAGAGUUUCGGAAAGCCCAUGAGGACGACCAGAGGUCUAAAAACCCGCUUCCUGCCCCUCAGGUUCCACCUCUGCAGACACCAUCUGAGGUGAAGGAAGAAGAUGAUGGGCCACUAGAAGUUGACUCCUCCCCUCCAGGAAGUCCUGACUCUACCUCCAGUAUGUCAGACAGCAGCAAAGAGCCAAUGGAGACUCCCCCAAAGCCAGUGGUGAGCUCUGCCCCCACUCCAACUAUUGUGCGUCCAGGUUCACUUCCUCUUCACCUUGGUUAUGACCCCCUGCACCCCACUCUACCAUCUCCAACGUCUGUCAUCACACAAACUCCGCCUUCCAACAGACAACUAAGUUCUCCAACAGGCUCCUUCCCUCUGGUAAUGCACCUCCCAAAUGGACAGACGGUCCCUUUGCUUCCCAGUCCAGUGCAGAUGCCCUCCGUCAUAUCUCUGGCCAGACCGCUGAACAUGGUUCCUAACAUCCCUGGGAUUCCUGGCCCACCGAUAAGUGGCACCAGUAGUGGCUCCUCGUCCCCAUCUGGGUACAGUCUGCACUCUGAUGCCAAAAUGCGACUGAAGGCAGCGCUGACCCAGCAGAACGGGGCUGGUGGGGGGACUGGGUCCAGCCCUGCUGUUCCUCAGAGACACGAACACAGCCAGCAGCCCAAUCAGCACUCUGAUGCACCCUCCCCUGCCCAGCCUCAGGUGUCUCCUGCUCAGCCAACGGGAGGCCGGCGGCGAAGGGGGGCGGAGACGGAUCCCGAUGAGAGGAGGCAGCGGUUCCUUGAGAGGAACAGAGCAGCAGCCUCACGCUGCCGACAGAAGCGGAAGGUCUGGGUCUGCUCCUUGGAGAAGAAGGCUGAGGACCUGGCCAACAUGAAUGUCUCUCUCACUAAUGAAGUGGGUUUGCUGAGGAACGAGGUGACCCAACUGAAGCAGCUUCUUCUGGCUCACAAAGACUGUCCUGUCACUGCCAUGCAGAAAAAGGCUGCUUAUCUCGCUGCAGGGGGAGAGGAGAGUUCCAGGGACCCGUCUGAGGCCACAGGCUCUCCCGCAGCAGUCAUCCAGCAUGGGCCCUCCACCCCCGCCCCCGCCCUCAGCCCACGGGCUACCAUCAACGGCCUGAGUGUCCGUGCUGCAGAGGCUGUUGCCAUGUCAGUCUUGGCUGGAAUGGGUGCGGGCCAGCCGGGUGGGGUUGUCAUGGCUACACAGUCUCAGCCAACCCCCAGAUGAUGUGCAGGCACAGGGAGUCAAUAAGAACUUAUUUGGCUUUUGGAAGCUGGACUGGGACAACUGUGUGUGUGUGUGUGUGUGUGUGUGUGUGAGAG